AUGAGCUUUCAAAUAGAUUCAAGAAUUUUUGAAUUUUAAGAUUAAAACACCUAUAAAUAACUAUUUAUUUUCCUUAGUUUAGAAUUUUAAAGUGAUGGAUAACAAUUUUCGUUUAAAGAUGAAAAAUAAUAAGAAAAAUUUCUAAAAUUUAAGACAGCAUUUGAUAAUUUAAAAGAAAUGUUUCCUAAUUUUAAAGUUAAACUUAAACCUAAAUUCUAAACUAAUUAAUAAUAUCAAAAUAAAUCUUAGUAGAAAGAAUAAAGUGAGUUUGCCUUAAAAAAUUCAUCAACUUAAAUAAAUUCAGAUCAAAGUUUACGUAAUUCUAAAACAGAAUAAUCUUUAUAAAAGUCUUUAGGUAUAUAAAGUUUUUAAGGAGAUAAUGAUUCUUAAAAAGUAUAAAUUCAAUAGAAAGUUUCUAUAAAUAAUCAUGAAGAUAAUUAUACACAUUAACUUAAUUAAUAACAAUAAGAUUUAAUAUCCAUAAUUUCAGAGAUAGAUUAGAGCAAUUUUGAUUCAUCUUUUCAAUUCUCUUUAAAUAGUUUAAUUUUGAAUUCAACGUUAGACUCAAGUAUCAUUGAAUAUGAUGACAAAAUAAAAAUUAAAUAUCAUGAUAAAACUUUUACUAUUUAAUUAAAAAAUAACUUUAUUCUAUAAAUUAUUGAACAGUUAUAUUUAGAAUAGUGGAAUCUAUUGAUUAAAUAAUUAAAUUUGAUAAAACAAUCUAUGAAUAGUUAUAAAUUAUAAUAAAAUACAGAUUUCUAUUUUUUAAACCAAGAGAUUUAAACCUUUAUUGAAAAAAUUUAAUUAAUCGAAAUUCAAUUUUGCUAUCAUUCAUGUUAUACUAUGAAAUAAUAAUAAUCUAAGAUGAAUAUAUUUUUAUAAUUACAUUAAAUUUAUAUUGCAUAAAUUGGUGAUAAUUUUUAUCUUGUUUCAAAAUAAUAGUCAUAAUAAUUCCUAUAAGAUAUAUUAUUAUAAAUAUAUGAGAAUUAUAGAGGUUAUAUACUCCAUUAUGCUAAUGCAAAACCUUACUCAAAUUAUAUUGAAAACAAUCCAAUUAUGGCAAAUUCUAGAUAUCUUUAUUAUAAAAAAUAUUUAGCUACUGAUGUUAAGCAAUAUAGUUUUCAUUAAUAUUUAAAUGAGAACUUUUUUUUUUUUGAAAUGAAUUUUGCAUAAAUUUAAGAAAAUAGAGAAAUAGUUGAAAAAUAAAUAAAAUAAUAUGUAGGAGGAUUUUUAAAAAAUCUAUUUUUAUUAUAAUUUUCCAUAAAAUCAACUUUUGAGUUGGAAUAAAAAUUUGAAAAAUUAUUUUAGAAUUCAAUUGAAUCUUUAAAAUUAAAGAUUUUAUUCUAUAAAAAUAAUGAUAAUUUGAUAUUAUUUGGAAUUAAUGAUGAUAUAAGAAAAUUGUUAUCUCACUUAGAAAGAUAGGAUUUUACAAUUAAAUUUAUGAAAACUUUAAUUGAACUUGACAAAGACAAUUAUUUAUUUAAACUAAAAGGAACUUAAUAAAAAAUUGAUUUGGACUCGAUAAUAGCUUUACUACAAAAAUUUGGAUUUCAGUAAGAUGAUCCAAAAAAGUUAGCAUUUUCAACAGUUAUCAAUACAGGAUUGAAUUAUUUGCAUUUAAGUAAAAAUAAUAUUAAUUUAGUUUAAAUUUUAAAAAUUUUAUGUGAUUUUCGAGAAUAAAAUAACAAUAGGCUUACAUUAUAAACAUUUCAUUAAAAAUUUAGAAUUUCUAUUGAUUAAAAAGAUCUAAAGAAAGAUAUCACAUUUCUUAGUUUGAUUAAUCCUAAUAAUAUUUAAUAAUUAUCUGAAUAAUAAUAAGUAAUGACUCUUAAUGUACGUUCUGAAUUGCAAUAAUUUUCAAUUAGUGAAACUAUAAGUUUAAAUGUAAUUUUAUUUAUUAAUUAUUUAGCCUAAAUUUUUAGAUGAAAUCAUUAUUGAUAAUCUUGAUCAAGAUUUUAGAAAUAAUCUGGUCUUAAAUAACCAAAAGUUACAAUUUUAAAAAAUAUCAUAAGGAAAGUAUCAACUAUAGUGCAUGAAUAAAGAAAUUGUGACAUAAUUUUAAUAAUACUUCAAUAAAUUUUAAACAGUAAUAUUAGAUUUAGAUUAAAACUCUUUAACAUGUUUUGAAUUAAGCCAUUUUUUAAAAAAAGAAUUGAAGAAAAGAUUCAUCUAUUGGAAAAUUAUAGAUUAAAAAAAAUUAUAUUUAAUUACAAGACAUACCGAAUUUCUCAAAUAUGCUUAAGAGUUUAAUUAAUACAAAGGAAAAAUAAUUUAUAUGAUUAGUCUUGAUUCUAAAUAUUUAAAUGAAAAGAUUGAAUAUUACUAAUUAGUUUUAGCAAGAACAAAUUAUUUUAAAUAUAAAUUAUGUGAUUUUUUAAAAUCACUAUUCUAAUAAAUAAAAGAAAUUGAAUUCAGAGAAGAAUAGGAAAUAAGUUCCUUUUGUAUUAUUCAUUCAAAUUAUAUUAAUUAGGAAUAAUAUCUAAUUUAAUGUUUUUAGUAUAUUCAGAAACUUAUUGGUUCUAAGAUUUUUAUAGAAAUAAAAACAAUACCCCAAGUUGGAUAAAUAUUUCUUGAAAAGAUUAAUUCAAUUAAAGAUUUAUACAUCUCACAAAUAUAAUAAUACUCAGAUUAUUACAUAACAAUCUUAGGUAAUAAACAGCAUUUUUAAUAAAUAAAUUAAUUAAUAUAAAAAAUAUAUAUUCCAGAUGAAUAAGCUACAAAUUUGCAUGUUAGUUUUUACAUAGAAUAAUUUAUACCUUAUAAAAAUAUAGUUUAAAAAACAUAACAUAGAGAAAAAUUUAAAGUUUAUUUAGAAAGAUAAGGAUUUACUUUGCUUGAUACAAAUAGCAAAUGGAAAAUAGAAAUAAAAUAAAAAAUAUCAAAACGUAAAUUAAUAUUUAUAUUUUAGUUACUAUUUUUUCAUAUCUAGCAGAAUAUAUAAAUUAAGAAUCAACAUAAAUGAUAAAAAAUUAUGAUUUACUGAAUUUAGAAUCUGUACAAUUCUCAGUAAUUUAGCAAAAUUCUUAACUAAAUUUAAUUCAAGAUAUUGAUUAAACACUUUUAGAGUUUUUAGAGAAUGAAAAUAAUUAAAAUAACUAUUAUGAAAGUAAUGUAUUAGAGAAAAUUAACUAAAAUGAUAAUUUUAAAAAUUAAAUACUGAAUAAUAAACAGAUAAUAACUUAAAGUUUAUAAAACAUGACAGAUAGUUAGUUUUAAAAUGAACAUAGUGAUUAAUCUCUAAAUUAAGAUCUUCCUAUAUUGGCAGAAUUUUAAAAUUCUAUACAACAAAUAUAGUUUCCUCAAAUUUCUAAAGCAAUCAAAAUUAUUAUAGAGUAAAAUUUUUCAAAUUAUAACUUUCUCUUUUUCGAACCAUAUGUAGACUAAAACUAUAAGAAUAACUUUUUAAAAUAAGAAUUUUAAUGUACAGAACUUUAUGUUGUUUAAAAAUUAAAGAAAGUUUUUUAUUAAGGAACUUUCAGUAAGAAAAUCAUAUUUUGGACAAAUCCUAAAACUGCUAUUGAAAAAUUUAUUCAUUAAAAUCAUCAUUAAGUGUAUUAAUUUAUUCUGAUUUUUUUUAAAGCAAAUAAAUCAUGUAAAUUUGCAUCUCUUAAAGAGGAUAAAGAAAAGAUUUGCUUAAUGGAAGAUAAUUAAAUAUUGCCAUAUCUUUUUAUAAAAGAAAAAUGAUUUAAUCACUUUUUAAUUUUAUUUAUUUUUUAAUUAUCAUAAUAAAAAGAUUAUAUUAUCAAUUUUUAAUCUGA